AAAUUUGUGGUUUCAUUCACGUAACAUUUUCCGAGUUAUAUGUAGGAUGUCUAGAGUCUAGAAUUGCCUACUAAACCGUGUUUCUGUCUAUGUGUGUGUAAAAGAUAAUUUCAAUACGGACAAGGCGGUGUUCAAGUUAGGUUAACUCUUCUCGCUAGACUUUUCAUUGCAGAGAAAAUGGCGUCUCUCGCGGGAGUUCGUCUUUUAAUGAGAAACACCGGUACCAUUAGAAAUUCGAUCAAUCGAACGUGUUUACGAGGUGCCAUUACACAACUUCAAUCAAAUGAACGAUUCCUUCACUGUAACAGGCAAAGUACCGUCAAUCUUGUGCCACAGGGCCCACGAGUCAAGCAGGUGCGCCGGUACGCUCUAGUACCACCUUUAACGCUUGACCUUAUUCGCCAGCGUGUACUUUUAGUACUCAAUCUCUAUGAUAAAAUUGAUCCUCAGAAGUUAAAACUGGAAUCCCAUUUUAUGGAAGACCUUGGCUUGGAUUCUUUGGAUCACAUAGAAGUUAUCAUGGCAAUAGAAGAUGAAUUCGGUUUUGAAAUACCAGACAUGGAUGCAGAAAAACUUUUACGACCUGCGGAUAUAAUACGCUAUGUCGCAGACAAAGAAGAUAUUUAUGAAUAAAUAUUCAUGCAACACAGACCAUCUCAUUAGUCAAGUUUUUUUUUUUUAUUUUUAACACACUAUAUAAGGAAAGAAAUCGAAUUUUAUUGCUUCUGUAUAUAAUAUAAAUUGUUAUAUUAAUAAAGUGAAUCGUUAGAUGGAGUAACUUA